AUGGGUGCAAGUGGAAGCAGUGAAGUUCAAGUGACGUUUGAUCGUCCGAAUUUAUUCUAUUUUGCUGGUGAACAGAUAGUAGGCAAUGUUUCAUUUCAAAAUACUCAAGACAGAUUAACAUUAGAUGCAAUUUUUCUUGAAUGUGUUGGCGAACUUGGAUAUACUACACAAGAAAAACGCCAUUUUAACGAUAACAAUGGCCGUGCGCAAACUGAACAUUAUACGAAACAGCAUCAUAUACCGUUUAUACAGACUCGCAUUCCUAUCGCUCAACCGCAAUAUGGACAACGUGAUAUAACUUUGUAUCGUGGUCAACAUUCCUGGCCCUUUCAAUUCGCUUUACCACAACAUCUACCUCCGUCGUUUGUUCCAUCAACAAACUCUUAUCCUUAUGUUAAAUAUUCUGUGCGUAUCGUUCUUGAUAAACCAUGGUAUAAACCAAAUGCUAAACAAGUUUAUCUAUUGACAAUAUUUCCACGUGUUAACAUUCUUCACAUACCUAAUGGACAACAUCCAGAAGCUUUUUCCAAUCAAAAUCGUAAAAAAAUUCGAUUACAAGGAUACGUCAUGCGCAGUGGCGUUGUUCCAGGUGACAAAUUAUCUAUUCACAUUGAUCUUCAUAAUCCUAAACGAUCAGAAAUUAAAAAGAUUGAAGUUAUACUAAUGCAACAUCGACAAGUGGUUCGAAGUUCUCAUUCAGAAAUUAUAUUUCGUACAGAUUUACCGAAUUUUCAAGAGUUUAAUGGAAUUGAAUUACAACGAACAUUUGACAUUCCUAUACCUUCUGUAUAUUUAUCGCCUACUUACACAUAUGUAUCGCAAAGUCAUCCGUUACCUCUUGGUGUGUCCGUUCGUUAUGAGUUGAUACUCGAUGUAAAAGUUCGUGGAUUAUUUACAGACUUCAAGUUAAAUGUACCGAUAACUGUUGGAACAGAGCCAGUAAGUCUGGAACUGCAACAACAACAGCAGCUGAAUUAUCAACAGCCUGUGAACGCUCCAGUACAGAUGCCCAUAGCUAGUGCUCCUCUAUGUGACUAUGAUGAACCACCACCAAGUUACGAAACCGUAGUGACUGAUCAUAAAAUGUAA